GCUACUUUCAUCGUCAACACCAUGUGAAGUUGUCAGCAUUGAGAACGUACUGUCCAUGUUACGUCAUUUUCAACAUUCAUCACAUGAACAAAAUCCAAUUCUCUUUGCCAAACUCAAACAUCGACAGGUCGUGUCAGCUGGAGUACGUGUGCAGCCACUAGGCUGCACUGUGUGUAUAGUCUAAGUGGAACGUAGAGCCUUUGCUGUGACUAGAGCCGUAGGAUACCUCUGAACCAAUUUUUCUUGUAGACGUAGUGGCAUCUUGUUCAUCUUAUCUCAACACGCAAAACACUUCUCAUCCUUACGGAAUUUCUGAAACUGUAGCUCCUAUCAAGAGUUGCCGUUGCACGACAGAAACUGUUUGGGAUGUAGACAGCACACGUAAAUACACCGCUUGAGUCGUGCACUAUUGUCUUUAGACGCAUUUUAUUUUCACUACAAAAUAGCCAUAUCAGUAGCAUAUACGAAUCAAACAACUUUGGACAAGUAUUAACAAGUACUGCGUUGUGUCCUCUGAAAGACUAUCACCCGCUUCUCGUGUGUUGGUACAGCAAACCACGAAGAUUUUUCGAAGUAUUCGGAGAAGCAACGGAAAGCCUUUCCAGACAGCAUCUCCGUACCGACGUCAAAUGAUUUCGAUUCGCUGCGGACUUGCUCGUUCGGAUUCGUUUUUUCACCGGUCCGUGUAAUUAUCUAUCAGAUUUAUCUGCGAUUUAUGUGUAUCUCUACUAUCUACAAGGACAUAGAUUUAGAAAGUAGCAUGUCUCGGCACGAAGAACAAACACAACGUCUUCAACCUUUCCGAGAUGACCACUUCGCCCAAGUAUUGCGCACUUACCGCCACAGCCACUUUCGGUGAUUGCGCUUUCGCGACUUUUUGAGCUCUUCUUCCGCCCCGGGGCUGCACAGAAGAGUUCGUUUGUUACGACACAAAUCGGCAGGAACGCCAGCACGGUUGCCUCGCUCCGUGCAUUUUCUUGCCGACCUCGUUAGUUACUUAUUUUACCGAGGAGGAUAUCUACUUCUACUCGCACUCGCUCGAGAAGCAAAGGUGCUAGAAUUAUAUCGAGAUCUUGUACGACCUAUAAUUUCUUCAUCGAGUUGUGCCGAGAAGUACAAACAACUGCACUACUCGCAAAGACCAAAGUUCUGCUUCUGUCUGAACCGAUGAACAGAAGACGUUGACCACCGCCGACGACGAAAGUUUAUUUCGAUGUCUCCGAUGUCCGGCUCUUCGUCUUCUUCGCAGCGGAAAGCGCUGCAGAUGGGGGAUCGUGUCCACGCCAGGUGGCCAGGCAACGGGUGCUGGUACCUGGCUGUGGUGGAACGAAUCGACGACACAAAAGUCACUGUCGCAUGGGACGACGGUGACACGAACGACCGAGUGGUCGAUAUCAAAGACGUUGUCAAGGUAUAGCAGCAUUACAGUCUGGAAGGCGUCGAACUUAGUACAGUCCACUCUGCGAAGAUCAUGUUAUUCUGCACUGAACAGACUUUAAUACUUUUUUCCUUUGUUGGUCGAAGCAGUAGAACAAACAGGAGCAGAAUGCAUCCUCACAUUGCGCAGGUCACGGACGACAGUCGACCAUCGUCCUGGCAGCAGAUCGAAGAUUCGAGCUUCGUGGAGGACCUCCCCGGCAAGGGGAGGUGCCUUUUCACCCGACACUACGUAAAGUCUGGAUCGGUGCUCUUCAUCGAGAAGCCCACACUCGUGGCAAUACCAUCGAAAAAUCGAGGUUUUUGGGACGCCUUGGUGAAGGAAAAUGAGAAAGAAGCCUUCCAGCUAGGAACCACCAGCUUUCACUACGCAGCCGUGCUCACCUGGUUUACCCUGGAGGACGCAGACGUGAAAGUAAAAUUGUUCUUGUGUUUCUGCUUCAUCGCCGGACUCAAAUUGAUCCAACGACAGUGCAAAUAUUCAUGGUGAAGCGGAUUUAUGAAACGUAAUUCUGUGCUUCUGCUUACUGUGUCAGGGCCGCGCCGUCUGCGUGAGGGCAGUACAACAGCGAGACUUGAAGCAUGCAGCUGCCGCCCAUCGCUUUUGUACACGUCGUACGCGCGCCCUGCUUCUGCCAGCCGCAUUUGCAUUUCCGUAGUAAAGACAAGACCACUUGUAAAUAAGUGCUUCAGUUUGUUGCGCAUUGAGCGAUCGUGGUACUCCGCAUCUUCGGGUUGCUGGAAUCAUAAUGAAGAAACUGAAAUUGGGUUCAUCCAACUUCUCUCUUCAAAAACAGGUCGUGCUCGACAAAUUUGUCCCGGAUGGGGAAAAUGAAGAAACUUCACGAGACGUGAUUCGAAUAUUGGAACUGCUCGACUCCGUCCCCAGCUUGUCGCUUCCCCCGGGCCGCGCCCAACUCACGGGGCGCGUGCUGCAGAACCUUGUCAACGCGUGGCGGUACAACAGCUUCGGACACCACAGCGAGGACGGGUUGGUGCUCUACAACCGGAUCAGUAUGGCCGCGCACGGCUGCGAUCCCACCUGCUGUUGGACCUACGGAGACGAUGAGUCGUUCGUCUUGCGAGCGCGCGUCACACUCCAGCCAGGAGCGGAAGUGACGAUAUCGUAUUUACAGGACGAAGACCUGCUGAAGUCAACGAAUGUCAGACGGAAGAAACUGGAAAAUUGGAAAUUCCGGUAUAAUUAUCCCGUGCUAGAUUCCGUUUUCAUUUUUACACCCUAGUCAGUCUCGUUCCGUUUAUCAUCAUCUAGAUUUUCAUGGCUUGUAGCGUUAACAUCGCUCGCGAAACAAAUAAUAAAAAAGUGGAAAUAAAAUUCAAAAGAGCAUCAAACGAAUCGGAAGCACGAAUCACUAAAACAAAACAGCUGUUCCUGCAGCCGCUGCAAUCUCCGCGUGGACGUGUGCCGCGGCUUCCGGUGUCUGAAAUGCCGCAGCGGGGCGCACUACUUCGUCGAGAACGGGAGCACGCCCCAGCUCACCGCGUGCGACGUGUGCGCGGAGGCGUGCAAGGACGCGGAAAAGGAGCAGUGCCUGUCCCUAGAGCCGGAGUACGUGGCUCGGAUCGAGCAGCUGGACAAAAACAACCCGAACGACGUGGAGCUCGUGUACAACGCAAGUUUGGAUUUUUUCCACGAGAACCACUGGUGCGUGUUUGUGUGCGACCAUUUGCUGUGGGAGUACUACCGGGAGAGGGACAACGACGUGGCGAUGAUCCACGCCCAACGUAAGGUCCAGUACCACGCGCGCGUCUACCCGCGCCCCACGUUCGUGUGGGCCUGGGGGCUGGAAGAGCUCGCCGACGACCUGCAGAAGCAGAUCCAGCAAGCGGCGAACUAUAAGAAGCUCAUGGGCGCCUCGUCCCACGGGGCGGCGGUGCUCGCGGCGACGCGGAAAAACCAUCGGAAUUCGGGGUCGCGCUACGCGGAAAUCAUCAAUAUGUACCGGAAAUCGCAGUGCCAGCUCGCGAUUCUCUGCGGCCCAGCGCACCCCUACGCGGUGGCCCCGCAAAAUAAGUGGCACGCCGCACAGCAGAAUUUCAACAGUAUCUGUGCGUAGCCCCGGCGCAGCAAAAGUUGGAGUCGUGUUUCAACAGCAGGCGCGCCGCUGCUACGGUGGCUUUCGUUUUAUCUACGGUUUCGUGCAUUUGACUAUGAUGUUGUGGUCCUCGCGACAGCUUUUGAAACUUCUGGAAGUUCAAGUUGUCCAAGUUCUAGGUCUUGUUAGAAUGCACUACUGCCCGAUACAAAAAUUUAAUUGCGAGAGCUAAUUUCAACUCCAUUCUGUUCCUCUUGGCAAAGUCUCAUUUGCUAGUGACACAGUCAGAAGAAAAAAAGAAGGUCUUAACCCCAAUAGCCAACGUGUACAAGUGUUGUGCCUUCUUGCGCGACCAUGCUUGCGCUCCUCGUACAUGGAAAUUAGUCCCUCUUGAGUGCUCAAGCAGAAGUCGUAGAACCCAGCACAGAGACAGAAAGCAAAAGUAAACAAAUUAGGC